CUUUUACUUCCCCAACUGGUUUGGGCUAGAGACGUGUCACCGCUUUGGGCUUCGGAAGGACUUGGCCAGCGCCAUCCUUGACCUGCCAGUCCUGGAAUACCUAUUUGCUCAGCACCGCAAUGACCUGGUGAGUGGCCGCCUUCCGGUGGGCCUCAGCCUCAAGGAGCAGGGCGAAUGUCUCAGCCUGGCUGUGCUGGACUUGGCCCGGAUGGCCUGUGAGCAGGCCCAGCAGCCGGAGGAUCUGCUGAAGACCGUCAGCUACAAGACCUGCCUGCCCCCGGGCCUGCGCGACCUGAUCCAGGGCCUGAGCUUCGUUACGCGGAGGCGCAUCCGGAGGAGGGUGCGCCAGGCCCUGCUCCGCGUGGCCACCUGCCAGGCUGACAGACACUCACUCAUGGCCAAGUACAUCAUGGACCUGGAGAGGCUGGACCUGGCGAGGGCCACGGAGACCUUCCUCGUGGGCCUCCCCGGGUCGGCUGGGGGUCAAGAGGCGAAGGGACUGCUCCGCGUGGCCGGUGGUAGCGGCAUCGCCUGGAGUCCAGGAACACAGGAGGUCUUCCAGCCUUUCUGCGACUUCCCAGAAAUCGUGGACAUCAGCAUCAAGCAGGCCCCGCGCGUUGGCCCAGCUGGGGAGCAUCGCCUGGUCACCAUCACCAGGACAGACAACCAGAUCCUGGAGGCUGAGUUCCCGGGGCUGCCAGCCUCCUUGUCCUUCGUGGCGCUCGUGGACGGCUACUUCCGACUGACCACGGACUCCCAGCACUACUUCUGCAAGGAGGUGGCGCCGCCGCGGCUGCUGGAGGAGGUGGCCCAGCAGUGCCAAGGCCCCAUCACCCUGGAUUUUGCCAUCAACAAGCUCAAGACUGGAGGAUCCCUCCCUGGCUCCUACGUUCUCCGCCGCAGCCCCCAGGAUUUCGACAGCUUCCUCCUCACUGUGUGUGUCCAGACCCCGCUGGGCCCCGAUUACAAGGGCUGCCUCAUCCGGUGCGACCCCACAGGAACCUUCUCCCUGGCUGGCCUUGGCCGACCCCAUAGCAGUCUCCGAGAGCUCCUGGCGGCCUGCUGGGACGGUGGUCUGCAUGUAGACGGGGUUGCUCUGAACCUCACCUUCUGCUGCACCCCUAGGCCCAAAGAAAAGUCCAACCUGAUUGUGGUCCGGAGAAGUUGCAGUCCACCCACAUCAUCCCCUGUUCAGCCCCACUCGGGAUGCCAGCUGAGUCAGAUGACAUUUCACAAGAUCGCCGCUGACAGCCUGGAGUGGUGUGAGAACCUGGGUCAUGGAUCCUUCACCAAGAUUUACCGGGGCUGUCGCCACGAGACUGUGGAUGGGGAGCCUCGGGAGACGGAGGUGCUGCUCAAAGUGUUGGAUGCUAAGCAUAAGCACUGCAUGGAGUCAUUCCUGGAAGCAGCGAGUUUGAUGAGCCAAGUGUCGUACCAGCAUCUCGUGUUGCUUCAUGGCGUGUGCAUGGCCGGAGACAGCAUCAUGGUGCAGGAGUUUGUACGCCUGGGAGCACUGGACACAUACCUGCGCAAGUGUGGCCAUUUGGUGCCCGCCAGCUGGAAGCUUCAGGUGAUCAAACAGCUGGCCUAUGCUCUCAACUAUCUGGUCACGAUGCCCAUCAGCACCCUGGAGCCCGCCAAGAAGCUCCAGUUUUAUGAGGACCGGCAGCAGCUGCCUGCCCCUAAGUGGAUGGAGCUGGCCCUGCUGAUCCAACAGUGCAUGGCCUAUGAGCCAGGCCACAGGCCCUCCUUUCGCGCUGUCAUCCGUGACCUGAACAACCUCAUUACAUCAGAUUAUGAGCUCCUCUCGGACCCCACACCUGGUGCCCUGGCGCCCCAUGACGGGCUGUGGAAUGGCGCCCAGCUCUACGCCUGCCAGGACCCUACCAUCUUUGAGGAGAGACACCUCAAGUACAUCUCACAGCUAGGCAAGGGCAACUUUGGCAGCGUGGAACUGUGCCGCUACGACCCCCUGGGAGACAACACGGGCGCCCUGGUGGCUGUGAAGCAGCUGCAGCACAGCGGGCCAGACCAGCAGAGGGACUUCCAGCGGGAGAUCCAGAUCCUCAAAGCCCUGCACAGCGACUUCAUUGUCAAGUACCGCGGCGUCAGCUAUGGCCCAGGCCGCCAGAGCCUGCGGCUGGUCAUGGAGUACCUGCCCAGCGGCUGCCUGCGCGACUUCCUGCAGCGGCACCGGGCGCGCCUCGAUGCUGGCCGCCUGCUCCUCUACGCCUCGCAGAUCUGCAAGGGCAUGGAGUACCUGGGCUCCCGCCGCUGUGUGCACCGCGACCUGGCAGCGCGGAACAUCCUGGUGGAGAAUGAGACGCACGUCAAGAUCGCUGACUUCGGCCUUGCCAAGCUGCUACCGCUGGACAAAGACUAUUACGUUGUCCGGGAACCGGGCCAAAGCCCCAUCUUCUGGUACGCCCCGGAGUCCCUCUCGGACAACAUCUUCUCACGCCAGUCAGAUGUCUGGAGCUUUGGGGUUGUUCUGUACGAGCUGUUCACCUACAGCGACAAGAGCUGCAGCCCCUCCGCUGAGUUCCUGCGGAUGAUGGGAUGUGAGCGAGAUGUCCCGGCUCUCUGCCGCCUCCUGGACCUGCUGGCCGAGGGCCAGAGGCUGCCUGCACCUCCAGCCUGCCCUGGCGAGGUUCAUGAGCUCAUGAAGCUGUGCUGGGCUCCUAGCCCACAAGACCGGCCAUCCUUCAGCACCCUGGGCCCCCAGCUGGAGGCGCUGUGGAGUGGAAGUCGGGGGUAGCGUGCACCUUCCCUGCUUGUCCGGAGGGAGACCCUCACUCACCGUCGUUUUUAUAUCUCCCGCACCUCUGGGUUCUUGUCUCAAUGGACUGGCCUCGCGAGUUUGGGCAGGACGCUGCUCCUCUCUAGGCCACCGGCUUAGAGUCUAAUGACAUUGCAUGUGGGGGCAUCCCUGGCUUGUGGAGCAA